AUGGCAACAAAUAAUCGUCACGGCGGCAUCGACGAGUCGGAUUCAAUAUCAGCCACGUCGGCCCCCGCAGAGAAGAAGACCGAGAUGCCAAAGGACAUGGAGGCCGCUGUGCCAAGCGAGCCGGCACCCAGCUACUCUCAGGAAGAUGGCGUAGAGAUCAACUACAAGACUCUCGAGUGGUGGCAAGCAUCUGUCGUCAUGAUUGCAGAGACGGUGUCUCUGGGUAUUCUCUCGCUCCCUGCCGUGGUGGCCAACCUGGGACUGGCUCCCGGUAUUGUCCUCAUUAUCAUCAUGGGUGUUUUGUCGACUCUAUCGGGUCUUGUCAUGGGCGAAUUCCGGAAACAGUACCCGUGGGUGCAGAGUUUCGGCGACGCUGGCGAGGUCAUGGGCCGAUCCAUUGGCAUGGGCAAGGUCUUCCAGGAGAUCUUUGGUUGGGCGCAAACCAUUUUCCAGGUUUUCGUCAUGGGUAGUCACAUUUUAACCUGGACCAUUUGUCUCAACACCCUCACCGACAGCUCCACCUGCACCAUUGUCUGGGCCGUGGUUGGACUCGCCAUCUUCUUUUUGCUCAAUCAGCCCCGGACGCUGGCGUUUGCCGGGUACUAUUCUUUUGCGUCUUUCCUAUCCAUUUUCACCGCUGUCAUGAUGACAGUCAUUGAUGUCGCCAUUGAGCGACCCAUUGGAAGCGGCAGCAUCGAAGUCGCCCAAACUAUUGGUUUCACCUCGGCAUUCCUGUCCGUCAGCAACAUUGCCGUUGCCUUUUGCGGACACUCGUGCUUCUUUGGCGUCAUGGCCGAGUUCAAGCAGCCAAACGACUGGCCCAAGGCCCUGUGGCUGCUGCAAAUUUGCGACACGCUGCUCUACCUCGUGGCGUCCAUUGUCAUCUACAUUUACGUCGGCCCCAAUGUGCCCUCACCCGCUCUCUCGGCCGCUGGCUCGGUCACCAUCCGCAAGGCCAUCUGGGGCAUUGCCAUCCCGACCAUUGUUAUUGCCGGAGUCAUUUACGGUCACGUUUGCGCAAAGUACAUUUUUGUGCGCGUCUUCGCCGGCACCAAGCACCUGCACAAGCGCACCACCCUGGGUCUGGUUGGUUGGACUGGUAUCACGGCCGGUGUCUGGAUCAUUGCCUGGGUCAUUGCCGAGUCGAUUCCCGUCUUUAGCAACCUCCUUGGUCUCCUGUGCGCCCUCUUUGCCAGUUGGUUCUCGUACGGUAUCCCCGGUGGCCUGUGGCUGUGGAUGCACUAUGGAGACUACUUUUCGAGUGGCAAGAGGACCGCCAUGUUUGUGGCCAACGUCUUCCUUGUUAUUGUUGGUUUCGUCCUGUGCGCGCUGGGUCUCUGGAGUGCAGGAGAGGCCAUUGCCGCUGACUCGGGCACGAGCCCGUGGACUUGCGCGAGCAAUGCCGCCUAA